GCUUGCCUGUAAAACACAUUAGUGGCCAUUCGGCCAAUCAAACGCAGGCGUGUACGUGAAUUAAUGUCAUGGAAACAGAACGACGAUCCGAGGAGCCUAUAUAAGGCUGCAGACCAUUCGAAUUUUUCACUUUGCAUUUUGACUUGGGCUUCAUGCAAAUCGAACCUGUGGAAAACAAACUCUUUGAGUUUUAAACCGCUGGAGAUAACAUACUGCAAACUGAUCAUUUGGAAAAAUAAAAGAACAACAAAGAACAACACAACUUCUGAAUCACUAACUGUUGUGGUGAAAGGAAGAGCUUGGAAAUGGCCUUUCGACUGCCUGGUGGUGGUAUACCCGAGGAGCCCCUCCCGGAUUUUCCGAGAGGACGCAUCCAUGGGUUGCACAUGCUUGCAAGGCCGUGUAGACAACUUACCACGUCCUGCAGAACCUGGCCCCCCCGAAGAGGAAGGUGAGUAUAACAUUGGUCACCGUUUUCCCCCUCUUAGAGAAGAUGAACAUCAAUUUGAGGAGUGGGAGGAUGAAGACUCAGAGGAUGAAGACGACGGGCCUUACUGGUCUGGAGAUCCUGGGUAUGGCUCCAUGUCAGAAAAGGACGAGAAUGCAGUGGAAGAGGAGCAAGUGGAUGUUGAAAAUUGUAGUGAUAGUUAUGGUGAUGGUUAUAGUGAUGGUGGUAGUGGUAUUGGUAGUGGUAGUUAUGGUUAUAGUGAUGGUUAUAGGGAUGGUGGUAGUGGUAUUGGUAGUGGUAGUUAUGGUUAUAGUGAUGGUUAUAGGGAUGGUUUUAGAGAUGGUUAUGGUGAUGGUUUUUUUGAUGAUUUUAGUGCUGGUAAAGAUUUUAGUGCUGGUUAUAUUGCUGGUUAUAUUGCUGGUUAUAGUGAUGGUUAUAGUGAUGGUUAUGGUGAUGGUUAUAGGGAUGGUUGUCGUGAUGGUUCUAGUGAUGGUUCUAGUGAUGGUUCUAGUGAUGGUUCUAGUUUUCAUGAGGAUUUCAACAUCCUACCUUACUCCCCUCUCAUCGAGCACUUCCCACCUCCAAGUUUUUGGCAGCAAUUUAAACCACUGCGUCCUUCCUUUCCCACAUUUAAGCCAUUCCGGCACCUCCCAUUUGGCGGUCCGCUGCACGGGCUUCCUGCGCUGCAAGUGAGAGAACCUGAAUAUGGUUGUCCCUCAGCCUCUCAAAGGUCACGCCUUUGCCUCAGGGAGUCUGCACACUCCUCUUCAGGCCUUGGCCCCUCCACAGACAGAAGAAGGGAAGACAGCUCCAGGGAGUCUGCACCCUCCUCUUCAGGCCUUGGCCCCUCCACAGACAGAAGAAGGGAAGACAGCUCCAGGGAGUCUGCACCCUCCUCUUUAGGCCUCGGCCCCUCCACAGACAGAAGAAGGGAAGACAGCUCCAGGGAGUCUGCACCCUCCUCUUUAGGCCUCGGCCCCUCCACAAAGAGAAGCAGGGAAGAGAGUGACACCUUGCAGGGAAGUAGGAAGAGGCUGAAGGGGAAUUGUGAGGACAGCCUCAAUGAGUUGCCACCCUCCUCUUCAGGCCUCGGCCCCUCCACAGACAGAAGAAGGGAAGACAGCUCCAGGGAGUCUGCACCCUCCUCUUCAGGCCUCGGCCCCUCCACAUUCAGGAGAUACUGGAUGGUUCCUCUUGAUAACAUGCGAGGAACUGAAGAUAGCAACUCUGAUUAGGACAGAGUUUGGGACUGUUUGCUGCAGGAUUGGAAAACCUUUGAGUCUAACGGGGUAGAUAACUCCUUUGGUAGAGUAUUGCACCAGGGCCUAUUUGUACAUAUCUGGAAGCAGGAUUGUCUCUUUGUAAUCUUGAAGGCUGGCAAAGAUUUACGUUUUCUUCCCAUGUUUUUUGGCGGGGUUGGCUAUGACUCAGGUAGCAUCUAGCAUCAGGGUUAUUUUCUCUUUUGAUUAAUAGUUAGCUUUAAUGGUAAUGUACAGUAUGUGGUACCUAUAUUAAUUGCAUUUAUGUAGCACUUAUAUUCACACAUAGAUCAAGAUUAACUUUAUUGUCCCGCCAUGGUGGAAAUUUGUCUUGGGCACUUAACCCAUGAGGCAGUCACAUUAAAAAUAAAAACACACAGACAUGUAUAACAAACAAUAGAUAAUUUACCAUACCACAAACCAUAAUAUGGCCAUGAUGGUUUAUGAACACAACAUGGUGUCAAGCAGUGCUUUAGUUAAACAUUACUCCAACAAUAAAAUAAUAACAAAACAAAUAAGUAUCAGUGUAGAGAUCACAAGCACAACAAUAACAAAUCCUUUACCACGCAAGGCACUCGCCUGACCAUGGGGAGCAAUGUGGGGUUCAGUGUUUUGCCCAAGGUAUCACUUUUUAAACUAAGCUACAGGUGCCUAUACCAGAGAUAAGUGAACAAUUAUUUGAAUAUGUUCAGCAGAACUGCAAGGAAAAUAGGGGACUUUGCUUAAAGAUAUGUAGUCUCUGUUAAUGCUUUUUAAAAGCAGUUGAUGCUGUUUGAACUGGCUUUUGGCUCAUGUUUUUAAUUUUGUGUUUGUAAAUCUUUUUAUUUCCAUUGGUAUUUAAUUUCUUUUCUUCUUUUUAAUUUGUCUGUUAUUGGAUCAAAUGUUUUAAAAAUAUUUCUCAUGUGAAGCACUUCGAGACUGUCUGUAAAACGGGCUUUAUCAAAAAAACCUGUUAGUAUUUGAUUGCAUUUAUGUAGCGCUAAUGGCAGCUAGCUACCGUGCAAGGCACUAGCCUGACUAUUGGGAGCAAUGUAGGGUUAAGCAUUGUUGUUCUUUGGCUUUUUAACAUAGCUGUGGAUGCCUAUCCCAGAGGUAAGUUAACAAUUAUUAACAGAAAUUUCACUUAUUGAAUAGUUAAGGCAUAAUGAAUCUUACUCCUUGUUAUACUGUCAUAUAUAUUUCUAUGUGUUUACUCUGGACCAGAUGAGAAGGAUGGACAACCACAGGACUGGGAUGACUACAAGUCCAGCUAAAGAGCAGUGGUUGCCUUUCUUUCACUUGGCCAACAGGGCAGGAUUCCUCUGGGAUAUUGGCACUCGUCAGGCAGCUGAGAAUGGAUUUCAACCAACCUAUCAUCUCAGGCAGACCCAGCACCACAGCAGACCACUGGACCACGGACGUCAACCAACCUAUCAUCUCAGGCAGACCCAGCACCACAGCAGACCACUGGACCACUCUCAGCACCCUACUUGCUUCCAGGCACCAAUUACGAGCUGAAGACCCAUUGAAGACUACUAUGAGCUCCUGCCCGACCAGCACAGAGGAAGUUGUCACCGUCUGCUUCUUCUUUUUCUGUGCUCGUGGAUUUGGGAAGCACCUCACACACACAGGAAGCAGUCACCACAGACACAGAGACUGAAUUAAAAUAUUAUAAAGUGUUAAGUUUGUGAAUUUAAACACAGUAUGUUAGUAUAUACUGUUUAUCUACUUACUAAUGCAAUACAUGUAAGAAAACUUUGUAAAUGUUUCUUUUUACAUAUGUAAACAAUAUUUCAUUU